GGAGGACCGUGGCCUAGGAGCUUCCGGGAGCCGGGGCGCGGGCACUUCCCGGACGAGUCUGCCACCCGCAGCGCGGACCCGCGCAGACUUUAAGAAACAAUAUACAACCAACAUACCGAAACAUAGAUCCCGAGUCCUACCAAACCACUUUUCACAGGCUUUCUUGUGUAACCUGCAUCCAGAACAAUGAACACAUCAAGACCUAGGAAGACUGUUGAAGGCCAUGGUCAGCAGGAGGUGCAAAUCCAUGCAAUCUACCUGUAGUCAGCUGUCUUCACCAUUUUAUGACAUUAAACAAUGUCAUAAACCUAGCUGACAGACCCCAAAUACCCUCCUGGCCAGGUGAAGUGGAGAACAAUCAAUCGCUCUACCAAGUUCGGACCUUGAUGGCUGUUCCAUGAAGUUCAGACUGGAUCUCUUCUCUCCCGCCGUUCCCCCGAUGCCUGCUCUUUCACCGUUGGUUUGGAGGCCUGCACUAUGGCUUCAUCCUCCUCCGUCCCAGCCUCCCCCACGCAGUCCAAGAAGCCUCGAAACAAGAUAGCUGACUGGUUCAGGCAGGCUCUGUUGAAGAAGCCCAAGAAGAUGCCAGUCUCCCAGGAAAGCCACCUCAGAGAUGGUUCACAAACAGCCACACAGGAUGGUCCUUCACCCUCGAGCUGCAGCUCACCCCCGAGUCACAGUUCACCUGAGAGCCGCAGCUCACCCUCGAGCUGCAGUUCAGGAAUGUCACCUACCUCGCCACCUACACACGUGGACAGCAGCAGCAGCAGCAGUGGCCGCUGGAGCAAAGACUACGAUGUCUGCGUGUGCCACAGUGAGGAGGACUUGGAAGCGGCCCAGGAGCUGGUCUCCUACUUGGAGGGUAGCAAGGCCAGUCUACGCUGCUUCCUGCAGCUUCGGGAUGCAGCCCCGGGUGGCGCCAUUGUUUCGGAGCUAUGCCAGGCACUGAGCCGUAGUCACUGCCGCGUGCUGCUCAUCACUCCAGGCUUCCUUCGGGACCCCUGGUGCAAGUACCAGAUGCUGCAGGCCCUGACAGAGGCCCCAGCGUCGGAAGGUUGCACCAUACCCCUGCUGUCCGGUCUGUCCAGAGCCGCCUAUCCGCCGGAACUCCGAUUCAUGUACUAUGUAGAUGGCAGAGGACAGGACGGAGGCUUUUACCAAGUCAAGGAGGCUGUUAUACACUAUCUGGAGACACUAAGUUGACCCUUGGGCUUUCAUAAGAAAAGCUGGGAAUAGCUCACAGCAGUCAUUAGUCCAGUAUAGACAGCAGGAGGCAUCAGGAGCCAGAGCCAGCUGAACCCUGUUCAUUGCACAGGAUCAGAUUGCCACCAGCUUCCAUUAUCGUGGGCUCCACAAGACGGCCAGGCAGAAGAUGGGAACCACCCCCGAAAGGAGACCAAGAAGAAGAUGGGGACUCCCCAAGAAGGGUAGGAGGAAGCCAGGGACUCCCCCAGGAAGACAACGAGGAAGUCAGAAAUUCAAGUUGUCAAGAGACUGUGCUAUGGAGAAGGUCAGCAGGGUCCCCUCUGCUGCUUAACUGGAUAGGAAGCUGACACAUGGCUGUCUUCUUCCCCUGACAUCAGCCGCCGGGGGAGAUAGGUACCACUCCUCAAGAGGGGUGACCCUGACUGAUGAGCCAGAAGUUGCCCAGGGAAGUGGGCAAGAGUUGACAAGUAUCCAGGCCUUCACACACACACUACCGAAACUCUUUCCCAGAGACGUCGACUCACUUCACAAAACUAGAAGACACAUUCAUCCCCAUACUGAAUUUCACCUUUUGAAAAAGAUGUCAUUAAAAAUGCAACCCGAGGGGCUGCAGAGUUCAGCGGUUAAGAACUCUCCUUGCUUUUGCAGAGGAUCCAGGUUCAAUUCCUGGGAUCCACAUGGUGACUCACAACCUUAUCUAUAACUCUACUUCCAGGGGAUCUGAUGUCUUCUCUGAUCAAGACCUCCUUGAGCACCAGGUACACACAUGGAACACCUACAUAGAUGCAGGCAAAAUGAUCAUACACAUAAAGAAAUCUUUCUUUUUACAUUACAAGUGCAAACCUAGAACUCUAGAUAGAGUCCGAGGUAGAAGGCUUGCUUAGCGUUCCCGAGGGCUUGGAUUCUACCUCCAGCACCACCAAAACAAAGAAGAAAACAAACCUGGCAGCUGCUCUGGAUCCAGGAACAGGUAGGGAGAAGGAAAGCCAGGGUGUGGGGCUCAGCUCCUUCACAUGCAUCAAAGCUAACAGAUCAUGUGACCCAUGGGACCUCCUCAGACAUCUGCGGGAGCCCAUGCUUCACGAGAGGUACCGGUUCUCAAUCUAGCACCAGAGUAUAUCCCCAGGAAGAGGCAAGGGGUCAUCUACGUUCUCAACAAGAACAGAAACAUGGUCGGCCAAAUGUCCUUGUCUCCCCUGGUGUGUACCUUGAGCCUCUUCCUUUUGACAUAUCUUUUUACUGAAAAAAAAAUGUUCUUAAGUUAUGCUUUUUUUGUUGUUACAUACAAAAUAUCUAAAGGGUACUAUACCAUACUCGUGCACCUACCACCUAACUUAAGAAAACCUUAUUACCAACACUCAUGUUUCCUUUGUGUUCUGACUUCCAGCCCCUUCAAGUUUCCUAACAAGAAUAACCAACAUUCUGAAUCUUGAAUUAUUUUGAAGUGUCUAGAUGUAUGCACCCUAGAAACAUUAUUUGAUUUUAUGACUUUAUCUUCUAUGCAGAUUGCAUCACAAUGUGUGUUUCCUUUGUUUGACACGUUUACGAGGUGUGUCCGUGUUGCUGUGUCACUCAUGGACUUCCUUUUGUUUGUGUAGGUCAGCAGUUCUCCACCCUUUAGGGUGGAACGGCCCUUUCACAAGGGACACAUGUCAGAUAUCCUCCAUGUCGGAUAUUUACAAUAAGAGUCAUAACAGUAGGAGGCUGGUGAGAUGGCUCAGUG